AUGGAUGAGAGCUUCCACCACAGUCAUGGACCUUCAUAUAGGCACAGGGGGCCGCCGCCGCCGCCGCCUGAUUAUUACCCCGGGCCCCAUCAUGAAAGCUACUACCGCCGUCAUCACCUACCUUCAUAUAGGCAUGUGGAGUCGCCACCGCAUUAUCCGCCCCUCCGACAUGACCACUGUCCUCCAGGAUACCUUUCAUACCACAGGCAUCCGGGAUCGCCACUGCAUGACCACAUGCCUGGAAAUUACCAUGCGCUUCCACCACCGCCCGGCCAGCACCCGUAUGAGGUCUUUUUCAGUGAUGAGAAUCCUAAUGGUUGCAUAAUUACCUGA